AUGGUGAAGUCAGUGGUCACCUGCGAGGAGGAAGGGAGAAAUCAGAUCAGGUCUGAUCCAGCUCAGCCGCCUGCCCCAGGGGCAGGACAAGAAGGGGGUGAAAAUGCUGGAGGCCCCCCUGGACCACCUCCAAAUUUGACCAGCAAUCACCACAUGCAGCAGACUCAAGCGCAGGUGGCAGAAGUGGUAGAUAUAAUGCGUGUGAAUGUGGACAAAGUCUUGGAGCGAGAGCAGAAGCUGUCGGAAUUAGAUGAAAGAGCAGAUGCACUCCAAGCUGGUGCUCAAGUAUUUGAAAGCAGCGCAGCAGCGCUCAAGAGGAAGUACUGGUGGAAGAACUGUAAGAUGAUGAUCAUGCUGGGAGUGAUCUGUGCCACUGUGGUGAUCGCAAUUGCACAUAAGUACCAAGGGGAGCCAGGAUAACUGGUAGACUCUAGUCAGGAUGUGAGAAGCAUUCUCUCAUACUUUGUACUUGGUUUGGAGUACACUUGUCAAAAAGUAUCAGCCCUUCCAUCUUGAAGACCUUUUCAAUAGCCAGCUGUGACAAAGAGGCAGAAGGCUUGGUAUUGUGAAAAAUGGCCUAGGCUAGGGCAGUCCCUGACCAGACCCUACAAUAUCCAUAUUGUGCUUAGUUCCUACUUGUCCUAUCUCCACUUAUCUUA